CAGGUUUAUUACAUUUUAAUCUCCUAGGGUAGGACAUCAAUAAGGAUCAUCAUGAUACCUACGGCUCCACUCUAGAGUUACACAAGCCAUUCAAGUACCAGCUUUCGAUCUCCAUACUUCUGCGAGGGUACAUAACCCUCGUGGCUUCACUAUAUAUAUUGAACUGUAGGGUCAGUCGAUGUUCAAAAUCAUAACUACUAAUAAUCUCCAUUUACUCGACAAACAAGGACCCGGUUUUAUUCAUCCUUCAUAGCCACUUAAUUCGUCUAGAAAUGGCAUCUCUCUCAUCUCCGUCGCAUAUUGUUCCGAAAUCGGGGAAUACUCGAGAACUCCGCAAAUGCGCAUUCAAAGUACCAAACCAUAAGUCAUGCCCGGAGGAAUACAGAAUUCCUGGAUAUCUGGUGAAUCCAAAGCAUCUCGUUGAACUAUUACGAGAGAAAUUCAACAACAAUUACAAAGUUAAGCUUAGGAACGACAAUUAUCUCAUAUCUACUCCUGAAAGGCUUACACAGAACGACUUGAUUCGGUGUUACUAAGCUUCGAAACCCUUGCAUUCGCCAAACGUAUAUAUUAAUAGUAUUUUAACUUCAAUGUACUAGUCACGUAAAGAUGGCCGAAGAAUUACAACCAAAGAAAUAACAUUUAUGUCGCUUUUUAGACUUUGAUAUACGAGUUAGAAACACAGUACUAUUGAGUAGAACACGCCACAAUCUGAUCCAAUGAAUAUCUCUUGAUAUUGGCAAUUUGAAUUAUGAAAAGUUUUAGAUGGUGCUUGAUCGUCACCAGCCUUAUGCACCCAU